UCUGUAGUCAAAACGUUGAGGCGUAGUUUGGGGGGAAUGGACUGGUAAACGCGAAGCUCCAGUUGACUCAGUACCUGAAGAUUUGGCUACAAAAAGCUGGAAACUCCCUGGAGCGUGAGCCGCAGCUUAGGCGACAUUAAUUGCAGCCAUAUGAGUAACGACGAAACAGAUAUUGUUCGUGGCGAUAGCGCUUGCUUGCGGACGCGUCUGGGACUUUGUUGGGCGCAGCGGAGGGGCACAAAGCCGGCGGAGGCUGAAGAGCUGCCUUACGGCUGAGAGCGCCUACUAACUAACUAACUAACUAACUACUCUGUUUCAGCUCGACGAAUAACAUUUUACUGUUUUAUCGCUUUUAGUAAGAGUCGCCUUGUUGUUUUUAUCACACAGUUAGCAUUGUGUUAAAGUGACUAGCUUAAACGUGAACGCUUUUAAACCUCUGGCUAGUUAGCCUGAUAGCCUCACAACAACAACAACAGCAGCAGCGUCUUCUCUCUGCUGCAUCUCAUAUGCACGCUUCGUUAUAACUGAACUAAGGGGUUUUCAAACGCAACCAUUUUAUAGCUGUGAAUGAAAUAAAGCAGAACCUUUGUGGAGGUCAGUUUCGGUCAUUUUAGUUAGCGAUUAGCUCAGUCCAGUGUUUUAAAACCAGAGAUGUGAAUGAACUAGAAACUAAAACUUUUCCCUAAAAGGAUACAGGGUUGAAUUUGUUAAAGGAGAGGAAGGCUCGAGGAGAGAGAUUCUCGGUUUGGACUGGUUCAUAGUGUUUUUUUUUUUGCUCUGGAAGUGAAAGCUCUCUCUGGGAUUUUCCACACGCCGUGUUUGCCUUUUCGCGUCUCUAAUGCGGAGGCCCUGAUCAGCCCCGGCGGCCCGCCAUGCUCAAGUGCAUCCCUCUCUGGCGGUGUAACCGCCACGUUGAGUCGGUGGAUAAGCGGCACUGCUCUCUGAACACCGUCCCUGAUGAGAUCUACCGCUACACCCGCAGCCUGGAGGAGCUCCUGCUCGAUGCCAACCAGCUCCGAGAACUUCCCAAGCCCUUCUUCCGGCUACUAAACCUGCGCAAGCUAGGCCUGAGUGACAAUGAGAUCCAGAGACUUCCCCCUGAGGUGGCCAACUUCAUGCAGCUGGUGGAGCUGGACAUCUCUCGAAACGACAUUCCUGAGAUCCCCGAGACCAUUAAGUUCUGUAAGGCGCUGGAGAUUGCGGACUUCAGUGGAAACCCCCUUUCCAGAUUACCCGAUGGCUUUACACAGCUUAAAGCACUAGCCCACCUUGCACUCAAUGAUGUUUCACUACAAUCACUACCAAAUGACAUUGGAAGCUUGGAGAACCUGGUAACCUUGGAGCUGAGGGAGAAUCUACUGAAGUCUUUACCCACCUCUCUGUCUUCCCUGGUUAAACUGGAACAGCUAGAUUUGGGCAGCAAUCAAUUGGAAGUAUUGCCGGACACACUGGGGGCACUGCCCAACCUUCGUGAGCUGUGGCUGGAUAGGAACCAACUUUCUUCCCUCCCCCCAGAAUUGGGAAGCUUGCGGCGAUUGGUGUGUCUGGAUGUGUCCGAGAACCAGCUCACCGAGUUGCCGUCCGAGAUCAGCGGCCUCAUCGCCCUCACUGACCUGCUGCUCUCACAGAACCACCUGGAAAACGUGCCUGAUAGCAUCGGCUCCUUGAAGCAAUUAUCCAUCUUCAAAGUGGACCAGAACCGCCUGGUGCAUCUACCAGAUUCAAUCGGUGAAUGCGAGAACCUCACAGAAUUGAUGCUGACAGAGAAUCUGCUACAGUCACUUCCUAGUUCUCUGGGAAACUUAAAGAAGCUGACCAACCUGAAUGUGGACCGUAACCGCUUGAGCAGCGUCCCAGCCGAAUUAGGCGGCUGUGCCAGUCUGAAUGUGCUCUCGCUCAGAGACAAUCGUGUGGGCAAGCUGCCGGCUGAGCUUGCGAAUGCCACAGAGCUACAUGUGCUGGAUGUGGCAGGCAACAGGCUGCAGAACCUGCCCUUCUCUCUAGCCAAUCUGAAUCUCAAGGCCAUGUGGCUGGCAGAGAACCAGUCACAACCCAUGCUCAAGUUUCAGACCGAGGACGACGAGCGGACAGGAGAGAAGGUGCUCACCUGCUACCUGUUGCCCCAACAGCCUACACCCAGCUUAGAAAACCUACUGCAGAGCAGCGUGGAUGAAAGCUGGCCCACAGACACUAAUCUGAACAGAGUAUCCGUCAUCCAGUUCCAGGACCAAACCAAGGCCGACGAGGAAGAUGAUGAGACCGCAGCGGAGAGGAAGCAGGGUCUGCAGAGGCGAGCCACCCCUCACCCUAGCGAGCUGAAAGUGAUGAAGAAUGUGAUCGAGGCCAGAAGGAACGAGGCUUACACAGCUAAGCCAGAUGAUGACCUGGACUCCCCAGACACUGAGGAGAAACGUAUGAGUGGAUUGUCCAAUCAGAGCCAUGACUCCCAGGUCUCUAACAGCACCGCCUCGGCUAACUCUCACGACGAGACGCAGAAAGUAAACGGCAUCGGGGUGGACCUCGGCGAAAGACACGAGCACGAACAGGAAGAGGACGACGACGACGAUCCAGAAUACAGCGAGCCCACCGUGCACUUUGCUGAAGAGCCCAUUAUCCGCGGCGGUGACGAGGACGAGGAUGACGAAAAUGAGGAGGACGAAGACGAGCGUAGCGAUGGCGAGGCUCAGCCAGCACCCUUCCCCGCCGAGAAACAGCGCCUCAUCCGCAAGGACACACCACACUACAAGAAGCACUUCAAGAUCACCAAGCUGCCCAAACCUGAGGCUGUAGCUGCAUUACUGGAGAGCUUCAGCACCGAAGCCAACACGUCAGUCCCCCGAAUACCCAGCGAAGAGCAGGGUGGGGAGGAGCAAGAAGAAGAAUCGGUUAACACUCCUCAGUUGCGGAGACCAGAGGUGGCUGAUCAAGUCGACAGCAGGCUGAAUCAGGUGAACAGCUCGCUGCAGCCGGUGAAGGGGGUGUCAUUUGAUCAAGUCAAUAAUCUGCUGAUUGAGCCUGCUCGAAUUGAGGAGGAAGAGCUGGUCCUGAGCAUCCUGCGACAAAGUGGUGGAUUAGGCAUCAGUAUAGCUGGGGGGAAAGGAUCCACUCCUUACAAGGGAGAUGAUGAGGGUAUUUUUAUCUCCCGAGUGGCAGAGGAUGGUCCAGCUGCACGAGCUGGGGUCAAAGUGGGAGACAAAUUACUUGAGGUAAACAGUGUAGAUUUGCAUGGAGCAGAGCACCACACGGCAGUGGAGGCCUUACGGAGCUCAGGAACGGCAGUGACCAUGACUGUGCUACGUGAGAGGAUGGUAGAGCCCGAGAACCCUAUCACCACUACACCCCUGAGACCAGAGGAUGAUUACUUUCCCCGGGAGAGGAGGUCCUUCGGCCUUCCGUUCAACCUGGAAUCUGGAUCCACUGCCCUUAACACAGGCCCCUGCCUGCGUCUGAAUACCUGCUUAGUCCGCAACGACAAGGGCUUAGGCUUCAGCAUCGCUGGUGGAAAAGGCUCCACCCCAUAUCGUACAGGAGACAUGGGAAUCUUCAUCUCUCGCAUUGCUGAAGGAGGUGCUGCUCAUAGAGACAAUAUCCUUCACGUGGGAGACAGAGUCAUAUCUAUCAAUGGUGUAGACAUGACAGAAGCCAGACAUGACCAAGCAGUAGCGCUGCUUACCGGCACGUCCCCUACCAUCUCGCUGCUAGUGGAGCGGGAACAAGCGAGCACGGGCGGCUCCCCGGGCCGAACACGCUCCCACUCACCUCCUCCUCCCGAGCCCUCAGACUCACCAGAUCAAGAUGAGGCUGGAGAUGACCGCUUGGGGAACCAUCUCAUGGAGGAUGAGUACCCCAUAGAGGAAGUGACACUAGUGAAAACGGGUGGUCCUCUGGGUCUGAGCAUCGUCGGGGGCAGUGACCAUGCCAGCCACCCAUUUGGCAUCACUGAACCAGGAGUAUUUAUAUCAAAGGUGAUCCCUCAUGGCUUAGCCUGUCAGAGUGGAUUACGUGUUGGUGAUCGCAUCCUAGAGGUAAACUCCAUUGACCUGCGACACGCCACCCACCAGGAGGCUGUCAAAGCUUUGCUCUCUAACAGCAAGGAGAUCCGCAUGCUGGUUCGCAGAGACCCCUCACCACCUGGCAUGCAGGAAAUUGUAAUUCACAAGCAGCCUGGAGAGAAGCUUGGCAUCAGCAUCCGAGGAGGAGCCAGAGGGCAUGCAGGCAACCCCUUUGAUCCAACAGAUGAGGGAAUUUUCAUCUCCAAGGUGAGCUCCAGUGGUGCCGCAGCACGAGAUGGCCGUCUGAGGCUGGGUAUGCGAAUCCUGGAGGUGGGCAAUCACAGUCUCCUUGGUAUGACUCACACGGAGGCAGUCAGAGUGUUGCGUGCCACGGGAGAUACCUUGGUCAUGCUGGUGUGUGAUGGCUUUGACCCCAGAAACGUCGCUGGCGUGGAGGCAUCUCCAGGUGUCAUUGCCAACCCAUUUGCUGGUGGAAUUGUUCGAAAGAACAGCAUGGAGAGCAUCUCCUCAAUAGACAGAGAUUUGAGCCCUGAAGAGAUGGACAUCAUGCAGAAGGAGGUUGAGAUGGUGAGAGAGACGUCUCAGUGGGAGCGGGAGGAGAUGGAGAAAGUGGAGCGUAUGCGCUUGGAGCGUGAAGCGGCUACUCGUCUGCUGGAGGAGGAGACUGAGAGCAUGAGCACUGGACCUCUGAAACUGGACUACAAGACACUGGCAGCUCUUCCCACAACCAGCCUGCAGAGGGUCAAUCGGGUUCCAUCAGCUGAGCCCCCAAGAAUUGACAGUCCUGUCCGGGAGCCACUUUAUUCCCCAGGUUCUCAACUGCCAUCAUUUCGCCAGUCCUCAUCCUCAGCCCCUGUCACACAAGGCAGGGAGACCCGAUUCGCAAGCAUUCAUUUAUCCUCCAAUGUGACUGGCAAGGACAAUUCAUCUACCAAGCCUGGUGCCAUCCAGCCUAUCUCACGGGCGCGGCCUCCUGCCUCUCCAGUCAAUCAGGACGGUCACAGUAGUCCCAACCCUUUCCAGCAUGGCCCUUCCCCCAUCAACUCCCAGACCACUCCUCGUGCCCCAUCCCCUGAUACUUUCAACGAAUUUCCCAUCAAUGCCAAGCAGGCUUAUAAGGCGUUUGCUGCUGUGCCCCACUCAAUGGCUGUGCUGGAGCCUCCACAGGAUCUCUAUGGUCAGAGGAACAACUUUCAUCCAAAACCAACAUUUCCAGAGCCAGAGGAGUGUAAUGAAGUGUUUAUAGGUGAGGGUGAAGGAGGGGGCCUCAGCCCUCGCCCCUCCCUCUCAUCUGACCGUCGUGAGUACAGGAAUCUGGCAGCUGUGCCACGCCUGUCUCGCCCCUCCCUGGAGUCUAAGCCCCACACAUCCUGCGGGAGAGGAAGCCCAGAGCAACGGUCUUUCAGAGACAGACAGAAGUACUUUGAGAUUGAUGUGAAGCAGCAGACACCAGACAGCAAACCCAAACCUCGUGUUUCACUGGUGGGAGAGGACGACCUGAAAAAAAUGAAAGAGGAGGAAGCAAAGAGAAUUGAGCAGAGAGCACGGGAGUAUAUGCUGGAUGAGGAUGAGGAUGAUGAAGAGGAAGAUUUGGCGAAGCAGGUGGCACAGAUGAAGGCUCAGGGCAAGGUUGUUCUGGAUGGGGUCGAGUACAAGGUUGAGUCUGUCAGCGGGCACUCUUCUACUCCUCCCAGGCAAUGUACCACACCUCCAAACCACAGUGCCACGCCUCCCAGCUACUGUGGCAGCUCAGGGCCUUCCUCUGUAGAUGGCAGAGCUGAUUCCCAGCGCAACUCUAUGGAGGAUAGCUUCAGACUGGAGCAGAGACCAAACUCCAUGACUGGUCUGAUCCCUGUGUACCCCGGCGAGUCUGCAGCUCCCAUCCGUACUGCCAAGGCCGAGCGCAGGCACCAGGAGAGGCUGCGUGUGCAGAGCCCAGAGCUCAGUGUGGCUACAGACAAGGAUCUUUCUCCUGCUGAGAAACGGGCCUUGGAGGCAGAAAAGAGAGCAAUGUGGAGGGCAGCCAGAAUGAAGUCUUUAGAGCAGGAUGCUCUCAAGGCUCAGAUGGUCAUCGCUAAGUCGAAGGAAGGGAGAAAGCGAGGCACUCUGGACCAGUUGGCUGAAUCGCCGUCUCCUGCACCCACACCUUCACCUACUCCUAUGGAAGAUUUCAGUCCUCGAUCUGUGACGUCACCUGGUCGACUGUCCCUGUCAGAAAAGAAGUUUGACUACCGACAAUUCGCUGCCAUUCCUUCUGCUAAACCCGUAUACGACAUUCAGUCUCCGGAUGCUACAGAUCUUCGAUUCAACAGUGAUGUCUCCACUAGCCCAGUUUCCUGUGUAGAAGCUGAGGUGCCUGUAGCUCCUGUGGCCACUACGUCUGCUCUGGAGGAGAUGGCUCUGUACAGCAACAAGCGUAAACUUCGACAGGGCCGGCGCAGUCUAGAGACAGCCGUUCCCACAUAAUUUCACACACACACACAAUACAGAUAAUAAAUAUAGUGCACAGUAGCUAGCGAUACUACAAGCUAUAGACAAAACUAAAAUGUUCGUUCACAGAAACGUGUGAAAGACUUUCAACCACUCUCGCUUCACCGUAGAGUUUCAGUGACAGGUUUUUUCUUACUUUCUGUUGUUUUUUUGUUUUUUUUUAAAGAAACACUACAGCUUUUGGUUGUUUUUGCACACCAGGCUUGCCUUUCCAGCUAACAUUUAGCGCAGAUGUGGAAGGCUUCUCCUCUUCCUCCGUACUGGACGCUUUAAGGAGGGCCAUCAUUACCAUGCAAACUACACACCUGUGUUGAUUUUACUCUUUUUUUUUUUCCUACAGUUUGCUUUUAACAAGCUAAAUUAUUUUUUAGAUGAUCUUGAUUUGGGUGCUUUUUUUAAUACUUUAAUUUUAAACCUCUGAUAUUAAUGUAAAAAAAAACAAACAACUUGUGUUAAUGUUCACAUAUCUCAGCCAUCUGAAGAGCAAGCGAUCAUUCUGUGACUUUCACUGCCCCAUACAGGAGAAAAGAAAAAAACAUUUUACACGUAAUUUAUUUCCGUAGUCGCCAUUUUUGACGUUUUUAUUCGCUUUUUAAAAAGACACAUCAUAAUUGGGAAUAUUCCACCAAUCAGUUUAUAUGUACUGAUUUAUCGAUUUAUCAGCGCUGUAUAGCUCUAACACCAUAUCAAGUAUAAAAAAAAAAAUCAGGCUUUUUUAUUUUUGUUAAAUUUUGGGUGUGGAUCAGUGUUUCAAAUGAAUGUAUGUUGGUCUUGUGUUCUGAGGGAUUCGUCUCACCAUAAAAAAAAAUAAUAAAUCCUUAUAUUCUGCCUGGUUUCAUUUGAGCGCAGCUUAAAACAGCGCUCUAGUCUUCCUGGACCUGGACUCUAGAAGAUGAAAAGAUACAGGACAGCAGAAUCAUUAAAAAAAAAAAGUGCAUCAACUUCCUGUCCUAAGCGAAAUGAGAAAACCAGAAAUAUCCUCCCCUCUGUAUUUUUCUGCUUCCUGGACCAUGUUGCAUGCUGUUUGCUGGAACAUUCCCAUUACCUAUGGACUAUUAAAAAAAAAAAAAAAAAAGAAGACAUUUGUAAUAAUAAAUAUUCACAAACACUCAGACCAUGAACUUUAAAGGAGCCAGUCUGAAGAGAAGGUCCAGGUGUCCAUCAUAUCAUCGAAACAUGGUACCAUUCUUUCUAUUUAUCUAACACUGGGGUCAGGGGAUGAACUGAUAUGUUCCCCUUGUUUUGUUUUUGUUUUUUUUCCAAUGUGACUCAUGUUCAUAUAUCUCUGGAGUGGCUACUUCAGUUUUCUUUUCCGAUUCCAUUUAAAUCUAAAGCCACUUGAAAUGCUUAGCCUUGUGUGAAUAAUGUACAAAAUGCUGUGAGAAGCAGAACUCCACGGUAAAACUGAGCCAGUGUGUGCAGUGACGGUGGCAUCCAGACACUAAACUGGUGUCCACUGCAUGUAUAUUGGCUUUACUGCAUUAUUUUGUUGUUGUUGUUGUUGUUAUCGUUGUUAUCGUUGUUAUCCAAUCCUGGGUGAGGAAACAAACAAAAAAAAUCUAUAUUUUUCAUCCCUCUCUAAGAACACAUUUUAUCAUUCUCAAACCAGCUGCCAUCUACACCGUGGCCACUCUCACACGUCAGAUGACGUCUUUCUCUUUUACUAAUCGUAGUUUUUCAUCUCGCUCUUGCUAACUGAAAUUCAGUUUUGGAUGAUGACACUUGGGAAAGUGGCUGAAUGGCUAAUCGAUGAGCAUUUAUUGUAUUUUUGUAAAGACAGAAAUCACAUUUUCUCACACUUAACGAAUGGGAUUCACUACAUUUUUUUUGCAGCAGGACAGUCGUUUUGAUCUCUCUUGUUUUCGAUUUCUUUGGGAUGGGGGGGCUUUUUUUUGCUACAUAGGUGAUGGAGGGGCUGAAUGUGGGGGUUAGAGCUCAUUCAGGACUGUAACUAGUGAAUUUGUACAACCAAAGAAGUCUAUUUUGUGGUUCAGGAAUAAUAAAGUUUACUUUUCAUUUAACAA